AUGGCACCCCACGGACUCCUCGGCGCAACCUUCGUCUGCGCGCGUAUCAUCCAGCUCUGCUCACUUGUCGCUAUCAUCGGGCUAACAGCCAACUUCAUCGCCGAGAUCGUCUCCAACGGCGCCACGCCCCCAGCAAUCUUCAUUGGAACUAUCACAGUGCUUCAUCACAACCAUCCUCUUCCUCGACAACAUCCUACACUUCCUAAUCUCAGCCAUCCUCGACACUCUCCUCCUCAUCGCCGUGAUCGUGGUGUCAGUCAUCAUCGGAAAGCCGCUAUCCUAUCUGCAAUGCAACAAGCUAAGCAGCGACGGUUCAAGCGGAUCAUCGGCGUAUACGUUCGCGACGCAUCUGAGCAGUUAUUUGGAGGAUCUGAGUGGCGGGACAGUCAAUUACACAGCUUGGAUUGGGGCGAGCGUUUGCGGGCUCGUGCUCUGGAGACAGAAGAAGGCGGCGGGUGUGGAGAAGUUGGAUGGGUAGAUGAUGCGCGAUAUGCUGAUGUUGAUGAUGCUGAAGACGACGAAGACGAUGGCGCUAAUAAUGCUGCUGACGGUGAUGAUAAUACUGAUGCUUUCAAUCCCCCAACCCCUCUUCUCCCCUAA